AUGGCUUCUUGUUUCUGUGGGGACACUGUGGACGUGUGCAAAGCCCCUGCAGCUGCUCAGGGCUCCAAAGAUGCGCUGAUAGCGUCGUCAGACCCUCGCCAUCCUGCCAAUCUCAUCUGCUCGCUCUGCAAGCUAUUUUACUACAACAACUGGGUGACCGGGACCGGUGGUGGUAUCUCGAUCAAGCACCCGGAAACUGGUCACAUUUACAUUGCGCCCUCGGGCGUCCAAAAGGAGCAAUUAAAGCCUGAGCACAUGUUCGUGAUGGAUCCGGUUUCGAAGGGCUAUCUGCGCACGCCAGAGCUCUACAAGCCCAGUGCAUGCACUCCUUUGUUUAUGUCUUGCUACACGCAGCGUGGGGCGGGCGCGGUGAUUCACACACACUCGCAACACGCGGUCAUGUGCUCUUUGAUCUUCGAGAACGAGUUCCGUAUUGCCAACAUCGAGCAGAUCAAAGCCAUUCCCAGCGGCCAAAAAGACCCAGCCACGGGCAAAGACAUCAAUCUGUCGUUUUUCGACACCCUGGUAAUUCCUAUCAUCGACAACACCGCACAUGAAGAAGAUUUGACCGACGGGCUGCAAGAAGCGCUACAAAAGUACCCUGGUGCCACUGCUGUCAUUGUGAGGAGACACGGCAUCUACGUGUGGGGCCCCACCGUGGACAAGGCCAAGGUGUACAACGAAGCCAUCGACUAUUUGCUGGAAGUCGCUUGCAAGAUGCGCCAGCUGGGAAUCCCUUCGGACUGCGGUAUUGGCGAGGAAAAGAAGUACUUGACAUAA